GGGCUGUUCUGAUUGGACAUGGCUGCGCCCGGCCGGCCAAUGGUGAGGCGGCGGCAGCUUCCCGGAAGUGGCGGCGCGGCCGGCGGCGGCGGGGGCUUCCGUUGCUUUCUAGGCAGGCGACCAGUCCGGCCGGGUUGGCGGACGCAAUGAGCUGCUUCGAGGGGCAGAUGGUCGAGUAUCCAACCAUCUCCAUAGACCGCUUCGACCGGGAGAACCUGAGGGCCCGCGCCUACUUCCUGUCCCACUGCCACAAAGAUCACAUGAAAGGAUUAAAAGCCCCUACCUUGAAAAGAAGGUUGGAGUGCAGCUUGAAGGUUUACUUAUACUGUUCGCCUGUUACUAAAGAGCUGUUGUUAACGAGCCCGAGGUACAGAUUUUGGGAGAAACGAAUUAUAUCCAUUGAAAUUGAAACUCCUACCCAGAUAUCUUUAGUCGAUGAAGCAUCAGGCGAGAAGGAAGAGAUUGUUGUGACUCUCUUACCAGCUGGUCAUUGCCCGGGAUCAGUUAUGUUUUUAUUUCAGGGCAACAGUGGGACUGUCUUGUACACGGGAGACUUCAGACUGGCAAAAGGAGAAGCUGCCAGAAUGGAGCUUCUGCACUCUGGGGGCAGAGUGAAAGACAUCCAGAGCGUGUACUUAGACACAACUUUCUGCGAUCCGAAAUAUUACCAAAUUCCUAGUCGGGAGGAGUGUCUGCGUGGGAUCCUGGAGCUGGUUCGCGGCUGGAUCACGCGGAGUCCGUACCACGUAGUGUGGCUCAGCUGCAAGGCCGCCUACGGGUACGAGUAUCUCUUCACCAACCUCAGCGAGGAGCUCGGCGUCCAGGUUCACGUGGAUAAACUAGACAUGUUUCGAAACAUGCCUGACAUUCUUCAUCAUCUCACAACAGACCGUGACACUCAGAUCCAUGCAUGUCGGCAUCCAAAGGCCGAGGAAUAUUUUCAGUGGAAUAAGUUACCCUGUGGCAUUACCUCCAAAAAUAGAAUUCCACUCCACACCAUCAGCAUUAAGCCAUCCACUAUGUGGUUUGGAGAAAGAGCCAGAAAAACCAGCGUCAUUGUGAGGACUGGAGAGAGUUCGUACAGAGCCUGCUUUUCUUUUCACUCCUCCUACAGUGAGAUUAAAGAUUUCUUGAGCUACAUCUGUCCUGUGAAUGUAUACCCAAAUGUCAUUCCGUUAGGCGCAACUAUGGGUAAAGUUCAAGAAAUCUUAAAGCCUUUAUGUCGAUCUUCCCGAAGUGCUGUGCCAAAGUAUAAACCACUUGGAAAACUGAAGAGAGCAAGGACAAUCCACCUAGACUCAGAGGAGGACGAUGACAGUGAUCUCUUCGAUGAUCCUCUGCCAGUACCUUUAAGGCACAAGAUUCCAAACCAGCAAACUCUUCGCCCUGAGGCAUUUCCCACAACUGCGGUGGCACAAAACCAGCCCGAAAAACAGAGAGCAAGCACAGGAUGCUUCAGAGCGGAGAGUAUGCCAACUUUUCUUUGGGCAGACUUUAUAGAUUGUGAGGAAUCCAACAGUGAAAGUGAAGAAUCAGAAAUCCCAGCUUCAGCUCAAGGAGACACGGGUCCUGUCCCACAGCUCCAGAAGAGGGCGGAUGGGGAAGUACCACAGUGGGAAGUGUUCUUUAAAAGAAGCGCCGACCUCACUGAUGACUGUUUGGAAAACCUCCCGUCCUCCACAGAGGCAGGGGGCUCUCAGUCUCCGAAGCUUUUCAGUGACUCCUCUGAUGGGGAAUCAACUCACAUCUCUUCCCAGACGUCUUCUCAGUCAACACACAUAUCAGAACAAGGAAGUCAAGGCUGGGACAGCCAGUCUGACACCGUUCUGUUAUCUUCCCAAGAGAGAAACGGGGGUAUGACCUCCGCGAGCAGACGCGUCUACAGGCCAGGAAUCAAAGACAACACCACUCUUGCCCCUCAGGUGGAACAAAACGUACUUUGCCCAAAGGACACGUACUCUGAUUUGAAAAGCAGAGAUCAAGAUGUAAGUAUAGGUUCUAGUGUUGGAGAAACAACCACUCUCAGCAGUGGGACGCACACGCCUCAGGAGGAAAGGCCACUAAAUCUUAGCAGCGGCGCAGAUUCACAAAGCUCCUCUGAUUUUGAAAUUCCCGCCACUCCAGAAGCCGAGCUACCUACACGAGAGCAUUUACGAUAUUUCUAUGAGAAGUUGGCAACAGGGGAGAGGAUAGUAGUUGAAAAAAGAAAAAGCUCACUUCAUUCUAGAGCAACCACCAAAAAACCUAUACCAAGAGAUAAUAGUCAAAAUCCUAAUAGAUAAAUUAAAAUGGAAUACUUAAAAAUGUUCCUAUAACCUAAAAGGUGGCAGUAAAGGGGAAACAGAGGACCAAAAAAUAGAGGGAAAACAAGAUAUGGGAGAACUAAAUCCAAACAUAUCAAUAAUUACAUCAAAACAGAGGAAAAACCAUAAACCAACUAGAUAUACUGUCUAUAGGAAGCUGACUUCAAAAGACUUGGGUAGGUUUACCAGUGAAAGGAUGGAAACCUUUACCAUGUAAACCUUACUUGAAAGAAAGAGGGAGUGGCUAUGUUACUAACGAUAAAACAUCCAGUUCACUGAGACAGAACCCUAAAAGUACCGUACCGUACAGCUUUGGAAUAUACAAAGCAAAAACAACUGAAAGGAGAAAGACAGACUAAUGCACAAUUACAGCUGUAACAGAAUCAGUCUACAGAAUAUCAGCAAGGACACAGAAGAACUGAACAGCACCGUCAACCAGCUGGAUUUAACCGACACUAAGAACACUUCACUUCAUCCAACAGCAGAAUACACACUUUUCAAGUUAACACAGGACAACGUUCACCAAGACAGACCAUAUCCUGGGUUGUAAAAACACUUCAGAGUUAAAGAAUAGGCUUGGAUCUAUUACUAUAAACUGAUGGCGACAGAAGAAAGUCAGCCCCUUACCUAUCUCAGGUGUUCCAUCACUUAAGAGCGUUGGUGUGGAUACAGUGGUCAAAUCAAAACCUAAAAGAAAAUACUUAAAAGGCAUUCAGCUUCCUUAAAGUCCAUCGAUAGGUUAUGUUUUUGCAUAGUUAUGUAUGUGGAUUUAAUAAAGUUAUUAGCAAAUAUUCAUAAACCCUUUGGUUUGCUGAUAUUUCAUAGAUUAAGAAGGCAAAAGCAGAGAUUUCACCUCGAACAAGAGUCUCUAAAAAACCAUUUGCGGAUCAAUUAAACUAACAGUGAAAUGCAGUAUCACCACGCUGCAUUGUAAUUAAACCAAAAAUCAAUACUGGAGCCACAAAACUAAUUCAGGUUACAAGACUUGGGGUCAGCGGGAAAGGAAGAUAAACUGGGUGUUCAGGGGAACCGAUGUCAAGUGGACCCAGGAAGCCAGCCCUCUCACUUGUCCAGAAGGGAAUCUUCCAUUCUCAGAUGUUGGCAGAAGGAUAAAUCGGCCCUUGUCCAUUUACACGGGAGAAAAACCGGACAGUGACGACUGCCCUUCAAAUCCCCACUAAGAAACGGGCACGAGAGAGGGAGGAGGGGAGGGAACCGACACGACUGCGAAGGGUCGGGGCUGAGGGUAAGGGUGCGGCUCCUUCCUGACUGUUCUUUGAGGAGUAUGUUGGAUCACAAUUUACAGCGAGCGUCUCUGCCCUAAACGACUCAACAGCGAGUUUUAUUAGUAUGUACACCAACACAGACUGGUCUGAGCAUAGUAAGGUAGCUGAGGGCAGAGGGGUGUAAGCAAGAAUGUGACGUUUAAAGGGAACACGGACCCCUUUUUUUCUAGCUCAGAUGCUAGCCUCAGCUUUUGACGAAAUACACUCUCCAGACUCAGUAUGAUCGGGGCAGGGUUAUAUAUUAUUCCAUUCUGCCCCGCUCCCCUAUGAGUACCAUUACCUAAAUCCAAGGUGAACACAGAGUCACUGGAGAGAACCAGUGGGGACUGCAAAACGUUCAACACUCGUAACUACAACAGGCCUAUUACAGGAACCCAGAAACUUCAUUUUUCACUUUAGGCUCUAAAAACUAGUCACACUUCAUAAUUACACAUCACAUAAUCAAAUGUUACUACUACAUACAUUUGUAUCUAUCUAUUCACUGACAUUUAAGACUUCAUUUUAAUAGUAUAGCUUAUGAUCCAAGGUGGGUGUUUAAAACAUGCCUGUAAACAUUCUUCUGAAUAUAUUCUUAGCAUUUUAUAAUCUCACCAUGAAUUUAAUAUUCCAUACUGCCACAUUUUCAUUGUUGUUUCAUAGGCAAGUCUGGCGUAAAUAAAUGCUGGCUGAACGAAAUUUAAGGGCUAAGAGCACUAGAACAGACUUCGAUCAAAAAACCUGUAGUGACCACCAAAUAUUUUAAAGUACAGGUUUAUAGUACAGAGUAAUUACAGCUAAUAACUUAUAUACGGUACUCACUCUGUGACAAUGCUUAAUUCUUUUACAGGCCCUUUCCUCCUCACGACCGCCCUUUGAGGUAGGUACACUUACUGUCCCCAUUCACACAUGAGGAGGUGAAGGCACGGGUAGGUUUAGUCCAUGUAGUUAGUAAGGGGUGAAGCCAGGACUCAAACAAGGCACUUCAGGCCCCCAAGUCCAUGCUCUUCACCACUAUGCACUAAUGCCUCUCAGAAAGAGCAUAGAAGUGGGCAGGGUUAAUUACAGUGGCUACUUGAUUUUUACUUCAAGAACUGUGACGUAUGAAAAAGUGAAAAAAAAGUUUCAAAAUACCGAGAUACGUCACAAAGGAAACCCAGUGGCUAGCUACAUUUGCCUUAGAGAGGAAUCCAGGACUUGGAAGUUUGUUUAAACCAACAAACAGCAGAAAUGGAUUUUUUAAAACAGUCUGCCUGAAGUUGGUCAAAUAUUUUAAAAGUAGUCAAGUCUAGCUUAUGAUCCUGGGGAUGUUCAUGUCCCCUAGCCGGUCUAAGCCUGUUUCUUCAGUAUGUGCUGCCAUAAGGAAGACGGCGCCGACCUCACAGACGCAUGAGAAGCACAGGAGUACGGAUAAAGGGCUUAAGACUUGCUCAAACAUUAUUAGCUCUAAUUCUAAAAUUCCUUUGUACUUCCAGGCAGUACUUAGCACAGUAUGUUUAAGUACCUGGUGACUAAUAAUAAUGCUCAAAAAUUUUAAAAAGUAUCCGUCUACCUUAUGCUAAGCGUAAAAUUCUACUUUGAUACUCAAAUGCAUGAAUCAUGACAAUAAUAAGACUUUCUUAAAAGUAACAUUUAGAGGAAUGGUAUAUAAACCUUUGGUUAAUCUCAAUAACAGGUAGUCAGGAAUACAUCAAUAUUUUCCUGCCCUUUUUGUAGCCUUACUGGAAAUGACAGUAAAAUAUUCAGAAAUAAAGCUAAGCCAUGAUAAAUAGAAAAUCAAAUGCCAAACUAAAUUUAUUUUGCUAAAGAGAAACUGUUGAACUAUAAGAAAAAUAAGUGCAGUCUAGAUUUUGUGCAUAUGUGGGGGAAAAACCCUGAGAUUACCAAUCGUGUAUCACAAUCCUCUUCUGGAGAUACCGAAAACGAUGGUACCAAUACAACUUGAACAGCGGAUUAAUUUACAGUUUAAACUUGAUCUAAAUAUUACCCUUGAAUAUUUGCUUUAUAUUGAGAGAACAAACUCUGACAACUUCGGAAACUAAAGAAGCUAAAUAUUGACUUAAAAUAGUUAAAGCUCCUAACAGCUUCGUUUAAAUAGUUUCUAUCAUUUUACUGCUUAAGUUCAGCCUUUUAACAACUUAAGGGUAAUGCAGGUAUUUAAAAAUUUCAAAGGCUCAUUACGUUUCUAUUAAUAAGGACAAGACAAAACGGGUUUACCCAGAAUAGUCAUUCUCCCUUUGUCCUCCAGCUUUACAUUUCUUUAACAGAGAGUAGACAAGGUCAAAUAACUAGACAGUAAAACACUGACCUUUUAAAAAGAAUGGUACAAUUACAUCUUUGAACCUGUGAGAAUUAUAAUUCAAAGCAAGUUUGGCCUGUAAACCUGUGACGCUUUUUUUUUUUUUUUUUAACCACUGACACCAUGUGACUAUUUUUUUCAUAAAGAAAAAAAAGGCACUAAAAAUGUAUUUUUUUCCUUGACACCUUCGGCAAAUUUUGGUGAGCAGAUAGAAUAUACUCUGAGGCUCCAAACAUGUAAACAAUUUACCCUAUAUUAUGAAAGAGCAAAAUCCUGUGAUAGCAAUAUAACAAAGUGUAGCUUCUCCCAAAAAGGAGGUUAAGGAUUAAGAUGCGAAGUGCUGCUUUCGUGAAGUCAGUUCCGUUUUACCCAAGCUUACUGUAGGUCAUGAAAGCCUCGGGCAGGGAGCUCUGGCAGAACUUAAUUAAGAAGACCAAGAUUUAGACUUAUCUGCUGCAUUCGGCUUCAUGUUGGACACCAUGAUUAGAAGUCCCAGGAUCAGAAAGAGAUGAAAAUAUAGUUUUUCCCGACUGAGGUUUCACUACGUAGGAGAAAACAACAACAAAAAAACCCCAAACAAUGAAUAUAUUCCAUUUCAGUCUUCAUAGUUCAAGUAAUAAAUGGUCAUAAUUCAGACACACACUUUGGCCAAGCCAAGUUUAGCUUUAUCACAUUAAAAAAAAUUCAUGUGUAAAAUAAGUAUCAGUUCAAAAUAUAGAUCACUUCUUAAGAAGGGCCUGCAGGCCCUUUAUUUAUUAUAAAAAUAAUUAAAUUUGGUGGAAAGGAAAUGUUAAAAUUACCUGAAAUUCAGAAGAUGUAAUGUUAAUUAUUGUGUGGAACAUUAUCGUUACAUACAGCUGCUCUCAGGGGUAUCUUGUUUUACUGUGGAGACCAGAGCUACUCAGCAUGGAUCGCCUAAUUCCUGUUAUCAAGAGGGCCCUUAAAGUGCUGCAUCUCCCCUGCCUGGCACUCCAAAAAACCCUCCUGGUCCCAACCGCCCCAUCCUUUCAAAGAAGCAUAACAGCUAGCCAUUCUAGAAUUUUGGGGAGAACAUUUUGGAUAUUUUUCUUCU